AUGUCGGACUCUCCUCUAGGAGCCGUCUCUUCUGCUAACGUACCGCACCAAGAUGGAACGAAUUAUCUUCAUCCUCAGCUCACAAGUAGCCAAUGCAGGGCUGCCGAGGCUUUGGAUAAGACAAACGACGAAGUGCAUGAUUGGGAACACGAUUCAGCGAACCCCAGGAAUUGGCCUCUCGCAAAGAAAUGGAUGACCACUACAAUCGCCUCGCUGUACACGCUUGUCACGCCGUUAGCAAGCGCUGUCAUGGCACCUGGUUUGCCUGACUUGGCUGCGAAAUUUGGCAUAACCGAUCCAACAGUCUUAGCAUUGACGCUAAGUAUCUUCAUCCUGUCGUAUGCCAUUGGUCUAUUAUUUGCGGCACCCUUGUCGGAAGUAUACGGUCGUGUGUGGGUGCUCCACCUAGGAAACCUAUUCUUUCUCGCGUUUAAUCUCGGCUGCGCUUUGUCAACCAAUACUACGUCCUUGAUCGUGUUCCGGUUCCUAGCUGGAUUGGCGGGGAGUGCACCUGUAGCAUGCGGCCCAGGUGUCAUUAGCGAUCUCUUUUUGGAACGCGAACGCGCCUCAGCUAUGGCACUAUACAGCCCCGCUAUCGGUCCUGUAAUGGGGGGUUUCAUGGCAGAGUCAGUUGGUGUACAGUAUGUUUUCUAUGUCAUCGCUGCAAUCUCUGGUGCUGCCGCAAUACUCGGCAUCCCUCUCAUGAGAGAAACAUAUGCACCGCUUAUCAGCCAUCGUCUUAACACCAGGGCGCUAAAUGCCGAAAAAACAUGUGUAGGAUAUCCUGACCUCGCCGCACAUCAUAGGGACAAGUGGGCUUAUUUAUGGGUUAAUCUCAAGCGACCGGUCAUUCUACUGACCCACAGUUUUAUAUGCUUUAUAUUGAGCUUGAUGUACGGUAUCUAUUUCUUGCUAUUUACUACAUUCCUCGACCUCUUUGCAAACGUGUACCAUUUCAGCAUUGGAAUUGGAGGUUUGACGUAUAUUGGUGUUGGUUUUGGAUUCGUAGUCGCCACCGUGUUUAGCGCCAAACUUUCAGACAAGAUCUACAUAUACCUUACUGCAAGAAAUGGAGGAAGGGGUCGACCAGAGAUGCGUGUGCCUGCUCUUAUAUUCGGGUCGUUUUUUGUUCCAGUAGGACUGCUUUGGUAUGGUUGGUCUGCCCAAGCCAAGGCCUACUUUAUGAUGCCCAUCAUUGGUACCUCCAUCUUCGGAUUCGGAAUAUUGACAUGUUUCCUCCCUAUCCAACUGUAUCUCGUGGAUACAUUUACAUAUGCUGCAAGCGCUACUGCAGCCGCUUCUGCCUUCCGUUCAUUUCUUGGGUUCGCAUUCCCUUUAUUUGGACAACAGAUGUUUGCGAUGCUCGGUUAUGGCGGAGGUAAUACGCUGCUUGCAGGUUUUGCCAUCAUCAUUGGUAUGCCCUUCCCCGUGUGGAUAUAUUUCGCUGGCGAACGUAUCCGCACGAAGAGUUCCUUAGCUCAUUGAUCUGCUUGUCCUUUCGACCGAGGCAAUUUUGUGAUUAUGGGAGUUUGAUGAUUACGCCGAAAGGCGGAGAUACUGCUCAAAGGUUGUGUUUAAGCAGAAUUUAUAUAGAUCAUGAGAACUCUAGUAAUCAAGCGUCACGGUGCUUACACCGAGUCGUGAAUUCAAG